GUGGUAAUCUGCGGAAAUCUCUCUGUGUGGUAUAGGAAGUGUCACUUGUAUCCACCAAGUACUUUGAUAUGCAUCUGCUCGACAGCAACUGUCGACCAUAUCACGUGAACUUCACACAUAUCAUAGUGAAAACAAAAUACGUUAACUGCAAAACAGUCAAAAGGAAUUCGCCAAGUGGUGUCACCUAUCGAAACACGUUGAUUGCAUUGUUAAGGCCCCAGCCAGGGACAAUAAUAACGAGGGUCCCGGAUGUUCUAUUCCCUUUUCAGUGUCAGCCUCAUCAUGGAAAAUUAUUAUCGAUUUCAUCAAAAGAUAUUCCAAAAGGUAAUGAAUUACUUAGUACGAAAGCUUUUUUAGCUUAAUGAAAUAUUAACCGCGAAAUCCGAGUCGCGGAGAAUUCUGAGCGGGGUCUGGGUUAGACAGAAACGCGCGGCUAUCGUGUACCAAUGUCAAUAAAAGAUUGCUCGCAUGCUUAUCAUAUCUUCACCAAGUGUUCACUAGUAUCUUAAGCAGCCGUUGUCUGGUCUUGUCACGCAACACACUCUCUUCCCCACUCAGGGAAGACAAAAUAUCGAACGAGAAAGAGACAAAGGCUGCACUUAGAGUCGAAUAAAUUAGUCAGUAAUGUGGUAAGGACUGCUUGAAAAAAAGGACUGUCAAUAUGCUUUUUUUAACGUUCAUCUUAAGGCCUUUGUCAAUCAAGUCUUGACGAUAAUUUUCAUCUCAAGGUUGACAAUGACUGCAGAGGAGUACUGCUAAAGAUAUAUAUACGUUAUUUAGCAUCUAAGUCACUAAAAAACUACGAAAUCUUAAGCAAACUUGUAUCUCCAGCUUUUUAUCGGCUUCGUGUGAUAUUGCGAAAAAUGUAUUCUCUGAAAUGUUUCACAAAAUUUAAUAUGAUUUAUUGAAAUUGAGUAAUGCACUUCCGUUUUUUAAUAGAACCGCUGACCGUAGACAAGUCCAAGAGUAGCCCACCAGUGGUUAAAACGUACAAAGGAUUUGACGUCAGACUGGUUUGUACGUUUAAGGGUGGGAACCCUCCGGUCAACAUCAAACUGACCAGGAGAGGGAAAAGAGUUAUACGCGGGGUGGUGGUGAGGGGAACAGUUUUGUACGCUACCAUCAAGACCACUCACACCAAAGUUUUUAGUUCCUACGAAUGUAUAGCAACAGAUUCGAAGGCAAGGAAAAUAAAGCAUAAAAUUCAUUUGAGGAAAGCAGGUAAGAAAUUUAGGGGAUGAAACUUUUAAAAUACCGGAAGCAAAGAUAGAUGGCUGAGUGACCAGUCUAAACGGUCAUUAAGGAAGAAAAACCCUGCAAAUCAAGUUUAACACAAAGGUCGUCAAAACGGCGUCUGUGAGUCACUACUUUAUAGUAUUAUUCUAUUGUAAGACAUACUCUACCAGGACUCUUUUGAAAAUUUUGUUUCAAACUAACUUAUUGACUAUUAACAUAUUACGAAUUUAUUUAUCUAUUUACUUACAUGAAUACCACUCAUUAUAAAUUGGUUAUUUUAAAAUUAUUCAAUAAGUCUUCGUUAAGCAGAAUUUCUGAGGUACUCACGGAACAAAAUGAGACAUUCACAGACUGACAACCUCGACGCUGGAGAAUGGAGUGGGUUCAGUCGUUGCUAACAGAGCAUGGAGAGGGAAUAUAGAAAAUUGAAUGCUGAUUACCUGCCAAUUGGAGGGGGGGGGACAAAAGAAUAUAACAGAGCCUUAUGGAGUGGAACAAUCAAAAUCCUCUACCCCUCCCCCCCCAUCCCCCUCCAGACGAUAAAUAAUGACCGGCUCCUUAUGCACUUUUUCAUCCUAGGGCCUCGUGAUAUGAAAUCGGACGGUCUAACAGUCAAGUGUAAGACAAAUACCAUUGACAUCUCUCUAAGCAGACUCGUGUAUCCAUGGCUACAGCCAGAAAAAUUUCACAUUAGUCUUGUCCAAUUAAAUUGCAACACGUACAACGCGACGGACAUGAUAAUUAGAAUCCAGGCUCCACUCUUUAGUUGCGGCACAAGGACAGUGAGGAGGAAUAAGUUUGUGUUGGAGUCUCGUAACGUAGUUAUUGCCCGAGUGCGGAGACCAAAAGGAUUCAGAGUCACAUAUUUACCGGAUGUGUACUUUCCGUUCCUCUGUCGUCAUGAAAUAACCCGUUCAGCUGGAAAGCCAGUGUUUAAACCUCUUGGUGAGUUACCAUCAAAAAAACAAUCAAUCCCACCGACAAAAACUAGCAUAAGAAUGUAAUGCACGCAUGACCCCUACUUGGCUAUGUAAGGUUUGACAAAAAUUGUAAUGAUACCUUAACACCACUUGGGACAGACUCUUGUUGAGUCUUGGUCUCCGGAUUGUAAUUAAAAGACAUCAAAAUAGUGAACAAGACAAUUUAAGUGGCCUAGCUUGCCACGAAUCUCUUAUAGCUCAACAGUAGAGCAUCUGAACUACUUAUUGGAAGGUCGAAGGUUCGGGAACACUCGGAUCUAUUAUUACAAGUUCGCUUGUGUCAUUCACGGAAUAACAUCGUCUUUCGCAAGAAAAUUUUGAAUACUUACCUUAUCCUUUCUUCUUUUCUUUCCAGAGCCGCUUUCUACUGACUUAUUACUGUCCAGUGCACACACAAUAUUUGCCCCACUCGGCAUUCCAAUCAAGUUAAAAUGUUUUUUUCACGGAGGUGAGCCCCCGAUACAGGUCAGCAUCAGCAGGCGCAACGUGGUGAUAGCGCGUGCGCAAGGGAGGGUGUUGAGCUACGUGUUAAAGCCUCAGUUUCAAGAUAGUGGGCGUUACUUGUGCCAAGCAACUGAUGCCCGGAAACAGACCGAGAGGCAUGUGAUAAAAAUGAAAAUUCCAGGUAAAUAAUUGUAGGUGUUCAAGUCAAUUGAAUCGGAUCAUAGUUAGGUUCCGGUUUUGUACGACAUUUCGUGUUUCUCAAACUAGAGAUAAACUCAGGCUUUCAAUUGUAUUGAUCGCAACGUUUCGACUAUUACACUGCUAGCCUUCCUCAGGCGAUGAGGCCAAAUUUGUACGUGUUGGAUUGCAGUUAUUGGCACGUUUCGGCGCGCGGUCAUACUACAUUUUCGAUCCUCAUUAUGUUUUUUUCUUUGCAGCACGUCGUGGUGUUAUCUUUGAUGAGGAAGCAGCUAUGACUAAAUGUGACUCCCAAUUUACAACCGUCACUCUGCAUCGCUCCAGGUUCCCCUGGCUUGACAUAGCACGCAUGCAUAUUCAUCUCAAUGACCCGCUCUGCAAACCAUCCCAUGUUGACAACGAGCAUGUCCGUUUUAAGAUACCCGUGGGAAGCUGUGGAAGCAGGCACAUAAGGUCUCCAACUGAAGUAACAUUUACCAAUCGAGUGUUGAUUCUCGAGGAAAGUCGUGGAAGCUACAAGGAGAAGGAAGUGAAGACCUUGAUGAAAGUUUAUUUUCUGUGCAGAUACAGGCGCAUUAAUUCGAGGAAUGAAAGCGUCAGCGAGAGGCGCCUUUUAAAGUAA